AGUCAAAGUAGAGGUGUUGCAUUGUUAAUACGUUAAAUCUGAUCAUCAUGGAGAUAAAUGGUUAUAGAUGUAAUAAUUGUGCAACUUCAAUGGAAAAAAAAGAACGACAAUUUUACAUUACCCAGUGUGGUCAUUUAUUUUGUCAAAAAUGCAAUGAAGCAGCUAAAGCAAAAUGUCCAGUUUGUCAUGCUGUUGGUGUUCAAAGUUUGAUUUUAAAAAAACCACUUCCAUCAGCAGUUUCGUCAUUAUUCAAGAAUUCACUUGAUCAAAUUGAUCAAACUGGUACGAUUCUUAAAUUUCAAUUUAGUCAGCAAUUAAAUUUGAGUAAUCAACUUGAAAUACUUGAUAAAAAAUAUGAACGUAUAAAAAAAGUACACUGGCAGUUGAUGAAACAAGCCAAGCCAUUGAUGGAAAAAAAUAAAAAACUCAAGAUGAUUAUUAAUUCAAUACAAUCACGUUAUCAUCAUAAUACACCACCAACUCAUGAUUCACCAAUGAUGGUUGAUCCUUCAUUGAAAUCUUUCAAUGGAAGUUUUGUUUUACCAACAACAAAUCAAUUUUAUGAUCAUUCACGUCAUUCUUCCAGCAAUCAAAGACUAUCAGAUUAUCGUCAAUCAACACGUUAUUUAACACCAAGUAGUUCUGAUGUUACUGUAUCACCAGCAAUCUAUUCUUCAGCAGGUGCUGCUUACGAUACUCCAAUGCCUAGAGCACAAGAAUCAUUUAAUGAUUUAAAUUCAUUCAAGUUACAAUUAAAUUAAAAAAAAAUAUAUGUAUUAUUUUCAUUUAAAAUAUCUUGUUUAUUUGUUAUUCAAUAUCUAUUUUAAAUAUUAAUUUAAUUUCUUGGUCAAUUACUAAUUGACAAUACUGAUCAUGUUGAUGAAUCAUCCAUCAAAUUCACUUUGAAAAAAAAAUAAAUAAAUAUGCGUGCGCGCAUUUGUGUUUACUUGUCU